GUUCGCUGUGAGGGAACUGGCUGCUUGCAGGCUUAGGGUAGGUUAAGCGCACAAACAACGCACUUUGAUAGAUGAACUGGGUAAACCCAGGCUGGAGAUAGCAUGACACAAGCCUAAGAAAUUGAUUAUGGCUAUCCGAGAAUUAAAAGUCUGCCUCCUUGGGGAUACAGGGGUUGGGAAGUCAAGUAUAGUUUGCCGAUUUGUCCAAGACACCUUCGAUCUCAAUACUCUGCCCACUAUUGGUGCCUCGUUUAUGACUAAGACUGUGAGCUGUGGAAACGAGCUCCAUAAGUUUCUGAUUUGGGAUACAGCUGGCCAAGAGCGGUUCCACUCACUGGCUCCGAUGUAUUACCGUGGGUCUGCUGCAGCCGUUAUAGUUUACGACAUCACGAAUGAGGAGUCCUUCUACACUUUGAAGAAAUGGGUAAAGGAAUUGAAAGAGCAUGGGCCUGAAAAUAUUGUGGUCGCAAUUGCUGGCAAUAAAUGUGACCUUUCUGAUAUGAGAGAGGUUACAGUGAAGGAUGCCCAGGAGUAUGUUAAGUUCAUUAAUGCGAUCUUUGUUGAAACAAGUGCAAAGAAUGCCAUUAACGUUGGAGAGCUCUUUGAGAGAAUCAGUCAACAAAUUCCACCUUUGGAUCCCUCUCAGGUUAAUAGCAAUGGAGCUUUCAAAGUUGGAAGACACCAGGUACAAUCGAGCAAGCGCUGCUGCUGAGCAGCCAGCUGUGUUGGGAGACCAAGCCUGAGCAACGCUGAAUCAACAUCCUCAUACCAAGCAGCCAAACAGGAAAAAAAAGAGAAAAAAAAACAUUUUUUUGUGUUAUUGUUUGAAUUAUUUAGCAGUCUCAAGGUUAUUUGUCAGUGGUUGGGCUGCUGACUCUUUCAUUCUAGCACACUGUUGUCCUGCUUUCAUGAAGUUACUGUAAGAGUUUUCAGAAAGAAUACCUGCACUAUGAAUGAAAAUAUUGAAAUGCCAGCUCUCCGUUUUGUUGUUCUCCUUCCUUCCUUCUGACUUCUUUUCUGCCCUUUCCUGUUCCUUUUCUGAGCAAAGUGACUGAAGUCGGUUCCGCUUUUUGUGGACACUCUAGGUUACAAGCAGUCAGAAGCAAAUUGAACUUCUUUGGUGUAAUCCUAAUUUAUGUGUACAGCCCAUGGGUGAGCAUUUUAACUAAUAAUAGUCCCAGUUACACAUUACUAAAUGGUCUGUUUAUUUAUUCUGAGCUGAUCAAGAACUUACGAGAUGGCUAUGAAACAGUAUAAACUAAACGCCGGUUAAAACUCUUCACUGUUUCUUUCGUGCUCCAUAGUUAAAAGUGUUAAUGCACAUGGUCAUACAAAGGUGAAAAUUACUCCUUUGGUAAUCGUAUGAAAUCGAUGGAAGAAUGAAUUGCCUUAUGUGCCAGUGAACUAUGAAGAGCAAGAAGACUCCCUGAUCGAUCCUUGGCCUGCACUGUUAACUGGUCUCAGCGAUAGGGGGGCAGUUGACAUCAUCAGCUUUGGAAUCAGGAGGAUCAGGCAAGAUUCUUACUCUGCUCACUCACUAGUGACUCCCACUGGAAGGUACAGGAGCAAUACCUUUGCAGGGCAAGUUGCUGCAAGUGGAAGAUUGACACAGUACGGCAUUUUCUGCAGAGAAUCUGGGAGCUGUGUGAACAGGGCAAAUAACUGUGUAUCUCCUUAACCAAUCAUACUGAAGAGUUGUUAAUCUGGGUAGGUAGGAGUAUUUCUUCCAGCCUCUAUUAGAAAGGACUUUUCAUAAUUGGCAUAGACUGAGACCACACCAUCCACUCUCAGCAGCCCAUUCUCUCUGUUGAUAACAGCAAAAUCUUAUAUUUGACUAACUACAGGUUUUCCUUUUCUGGUUGACAGUGUUUGAGAAACUAUCAUGUUAUCAUGAUGAAACAAUGUUCUGAAGGCUUUAUAUUUACAAAGUCAAAUAAAGUCAGCAGUGAUUGGGGUUCUGUAGACGGAUUCUCCCUCGUUUUUUUUCUUUAGUCCAUGGCAUUGAGAAAACUUUCUUCUAGUCCUACCUUUCACUUGCAGCCAUUAUGAAUGGGAAUUUCAUACGGGUUCCAUUUUUCUUUUGUAAAUUCAUUCCACAUUGUUAUGGAGGGAUUGGGUAUUGUAUUAACAUAGCUCUUGGUGUAUUCCCAGUCUUUAAGGUGCAGUCUUCAAUGCCCAAAGCAUCAUUUGGUGCUAGUAUAUAAAUGGUGCCUACCUAUCAUUAUUUCUUUAAAAUAUUUUCAAAUGGAAACAUGUAGAAUAAUUGUAAGUUGACACUUGCAUUUUCCACCUUUUAAGAGUCUGGUUCUAGUGCAUGAGCAGAGAGGCAGUGACAAUCUUGAAAUUCCAGUGCUGUGUCAAGUUACUUGCUUAAUGUUACACAGAUUUAGCUCCAGGAUCUUUGCACAAAAAUCAAUUUAACUGAAUGGUUGGUAACCUGUUUGCAAGGGUAAAACUUUAUGUCACAAUGCAUCACUAAAUUGAUUUUUCUUUUAAUUCAUCCCCUGGAUGUGAGCAUCGCUGGCAAGGCCAGCAUUUAUUACCCAUCCUCAUUUUCCUUGAGAAGGUGAGCUGCCUUCUUGGUGCCACCAUGCAUGGAAUGGCAAAUCGGUUUUAUUCCAGUGCAGUGUUCAAAUGAACGCACAAUACAAAUUGAAGGCUUUAUCAUAUUAUGUAUGAUGUUUAUGUUUUUGGCCCCUGCUCUCAUUUAUUUCAAUCCAAUGUGCAAUGUACCAUCCUGCACAAAAGGCAGGUGAGUGCCAUGCUCCUAGACUUCUGUGAAAGCCUUUUGUUGUCAGCCAUUAGGAAGAAUACAAGGAUAGCACAGAGUGUCUCUACAUUUAUUUUCACUCCUCUCGUCUUUGUGGAGAAUCACCCAGCUUCUGCUCAGUACCUUCCUGUGAAAGCUGGCUCAGGUUGAGAACUGAUCAUGCAGUUCUCACUCCAUGGUGUGGCAAAAUAAUGUUAGCUUCAAUGCCCCUGUAUUCCACAACCUUUAUGAUGUGUAAAUUAGAAAGAUUUACUGAUUUAUGAAAUGCAGAUUACUGAUAUGAACUGACAAUUUACACAAUUAUUGGACUGCUUUGUUUCAUAAUAAUUGAACCUCUGCUGCCAUUGUUAUCUUUAAUUGCUUCAGGUUAAUAGCCCUGUGAUCAUUGAUCAUGCAGAACUUAACCUUGAUUACUGAAUAAUCACACCUUUUGGUUUUUUGGUGUAAUUUGCUAUAUAAAAACAAGUUCUGUCGAAGGGUCAUGAGGACUCGAAACGUCAACUCUUUUCUUCUCUGCCGAUGCUGCCAGACCUGCUGAGUUUUUCCAGGUAAUUCUGUUUUUGUUCUGGAUUUCCAGCAUCCGCAGUUUUUUUGUUUUCAUCCCAAUUAGAUGUUGUUUUUGGUGUAAUCAUAAUAAUGGAAAUGCUGCAAAUUCAUCACAAUUUUUUUUAUAUGACAUUGGCGACCAAAAGGGAAACUUGGCUGCAGUUCUAAAGAAAUCUAUCCAUGUGCCUUAGUGAUCAAGGUAUAAGUUGAGGGAUUCAUAUUUGUAUAAGUCUACUCCAUCAUAAUCACAGGGCUUUUCAUGACCAGACUCUUUGGCACCAAUUUGGGUAUUCUGUCAGUCAAGUGUAACUCAUUUUAAUGCUAAGCGCAUUUUCAAUUAAAAUAUGUGUUAUUUUUUAGAUUGGGCUGGUCCCAUGUAGUACAUGUCAAUUAAAUGGGUACGAUGUAUGUGUUAUUCUCAUUACUAAUACUGUAUAGUAAAUACUAUUAACAUUGCAGUGUUGCUGAACAUAAGCCGUUUCAAUGUACAUUCAAUAAAGAACCUUUCAUAGGAA